UUCCAUUUUUAAUGUUGUGUAGGUGAUAUCGAAUCGAUUAGGUAAAAAGAUAAUUAUUUAGACAAUACAGUAUAAUUCGGAACGAAGAAUCCACGCAACAGUACUGCCAGUAGCGAUGUCGGCAAUGCUUAGACUCGGCAAACGAAAAUUGAGGGAUCACCCUACAACUACCGCCUCAAAUGCUAAAAAGUUAAACAACCUGAACAACCAAACACCAAACCAGAGGACGUCACGGACGACUCCCCAAAGUCUGCUGACAGCAGCCAUAGGCCGUUCACCGACGCCCGCAACAAUCAACGCGAAUGUUCAAGGCAAAGGUUUUUACCUCGUGUCCGAUGCAUUUCUUGAGCAACUCCAUUGUCAAACUCCAGGACCGGCAUUUCCUUUUGAGGUGUAUCACCCAGCCCACAUAUCAGAUUCAUCCAGAGAUAAAAUAGACUUACUGGAAGUGCUGCAAAAUGGCCGCUUUGGAACAUGCAUAUAUGAUGUGUUAAAGGAGUCCAAGUCAAUAUCCAAGUGGGUGUGGAAAGGACUGGUCCAGAAAUCCAAAAAUUCAUCCCAUGAUGAUUACCGGUCGCUGAAACUAAUACGAUGUGGCUACGUUGAGUUGCCAGAUAACAUCAAUGAGGCGUCCGUUUAUGUUUGUGACGUAUUGAACCAUCUGGGAUACAGCAAAUACAUGAUCAACCGAAGGCGGGAUGUGUAUAGGGAGAAAGAUGAGAUAUUCAACAUGCGCAAUCGCAAACCAGUCAUCCUAAAUACUACUGGCAGUAAGUGGGAGGGAUUCAGUGCUCCAUUUGAGAGUGACUAUGACAUGAUGACCCUUCACACAGACAUCAUGUGUGGACUGCCGGAUGAUUUCCCCCGGAUACUGCCUCAUAUAAACACUUGGGCCACCAUGGACGGAGAACACUGUCAUCCUGGACAUUAUACAUUGGAACUAACAUAUAAUGGUACUAUCAUUAAUGAACUUAUACAUGCAGCAUUGUCUUUCCACAACAAUGGAAGAAUAUAUAUAUCUAGUGAAAAAUACAAAAACGUUGCUUGUAUUUCUUUAAAGGAGCACAGUGUAUCAGGCCCUGCUUUUACAUUUUCCAACGAAUUCAACAGUCGCGACGCUGUCGUUGCAUUACCGUGUAUCAGUCAGGAACAUCUGCUCUACGAAUGGAUCAAAAGACCUAGGCACCACAACUGGCCUCCCCCUGAGCUGAUACUAGAAAUAUCAAAACUACCUGCGUACCUUGUUCCAGUGGGCUGUAAGAACAGCGAAAACAAGCACAUGGAGUGGAGAGUGUGCUUUAUAGGUGAAAGCAAACUCGUCACAAGUUUUACUGAGUCUCAGUAUAAAUUGUACAUAAUAUUGAAAUUCCUAAAUAAACAUGAACUAAAGCCAAUCUGUAAUGAAUUGUCCUCCUACAUUAUGAAGAACAUUGUAUUUUGGUUAAUUGAAUCAAAUUCGACAGAUUCAAGUUCUACAGGGAAUUUAUUUGACAUUCUUCUUUCUUCUCUGCACAUGCUUCGGAAAGCAAUAAUCGAAAAUCACCUUUCGUACUACCUGAUCCCUGGCAGAAACCUGCUGAUAGGCAGAAUCAAACCAGCACAUCAACAGCAGCUGAUUGCUAAGCUAGAUGAGUUGAUUCAGGAGGGUCCCCGUGCGAUACUGAGAUGCCCUAAAGUGUUUGCAGCCCUGCUGAUGUCUCAAACUGAGCUGACAGAGAAGGGUCGACGGAGAGAUGAACUUGAGAGGCUAUGGCUUGAGAUGGAGCACAUGGACUGGACACGCUUGAGAUCUGGUGGGUUGAACCAGUUGGCAGCGUUAGAUCAACGAGAAUUCAGUAUUAUUGAGAGGUUGAGCGACUUGGCUUUGCCGAUGUGGAGGUCUUCCUCGAAAAAUGUUUUUCCAGAAAUAUGGUAUAGAACAAUUGCUGAGAUACUGUAAUAAUAAGUAAUAACCUGUGGAAAUGAUGUAUGGCAUGGCCUGACCUGAGUGGAUGACCAUAUGAUGGACCGUCAUAACAAGUAAUAACCUUGAAGCACUGACAGAACAGCAUACAUGAAACAAGUGCAUUAUGUACACUGGUUAAACCAGGUCGCAUGGAAAGAUCAAUACAUUAUUUUUGUUGUGGAGAGGAAAUAUGACAUGGUCAGGACUAAGUGGAAGGAGUACUGGGCUGGUAUUCAUAAAGCAUCAUAUGUUAUUUCCUAACAGUCACUUUCCGAAUUUAAGUAUCUCAUUGGUAUAUGAUAUAAAAACUUUUGUGCCAUAUACAUGUAUCUAGCGUAUCAGAUUUUCUAUGAGAGUUGCAGGCGGUGUUGUUUUGAAAUGCGAACACAGCAUGAUUUAACAAGGUUGUCAAGCCAAGGGAACUACAGUAUAUAUUUAUGUAUCCGAACAAUUUAAUUACUUCUGAAAAUAAUUUGUAUAAGGGAACUAUUCUGGUAAAUAUAAAUGUUUUGCCGACAAUUCAACAAAACAAAUGAAGCAUUUUACAUACAUGUACUUUUUAACUUCUAAAUAUGACAUUAAAUAUGUCUUUGUAUUCAUAUAUGCAUAUAAUAUAUUAAAAUUAUGUGUAGACGUUCCAAAAACACUCACCUCUCAUCAAAUUAUGUUGUUUCAUUUUAAUUAUAUAAAUAAAUGAAUGUGUUCGUGAUCUUAAUGUUUGU